UACCCGCAUUGUCUUGAAAGACAAGAUGUAGAAGUGCAUUUAUAAUAUCAGUAAUAAUUGUUUUAUUUAAUAAUCGGUCAAGUAUAACAUACACCGUUAAUGGAACACUGUCGAAUUAUAAUUUUUCGAAAAGGAAGAAAAUAAAUUAUUUUCAUAAGCAGAUAGCCAGUGGACUCCAGCUUUGAUUAUCGACCAAUCAGGAGAUCCUUACAACAGUACCUAUGAGUCGCAAAAAUAAGAUAAAAAAAGCGUUCCGCAAAGUGAGUUAUCGAGAUUUAUUUAGGCAUGAAUUUAGAAAGGAAACCAAAAUUAAUUGUAUUUGAUUUAGUUACAGAUUACACGUUGUGGCCGUUCUGGGUGGAUACUCACGUUUCAUUGCCGCUGCGAAGAAACAGUAUAGGAAACGUCGUAGAUGCCGCUGGAAGGAAAGUUCCUUACUACCCCGAAGUUCCAACAGUACUUGAACAUUUGAAAGCUCAGGGUUACACCUUAGCAGUCGCAUCAAGAACAGGGGAAAUAAGAGGGGCCAAUCAAGCCCUUCAGCUUUUUAACUGGGACAAGUACUUCACGUACAAGGAAAUAUACCCAGAUAAGACUUCAAUUUGCAGCUUUUCGGGAGUAGAAGUUAAAACUGAUGAUUUAUCUCUUUUGCUACUGCCUUUGAUCAACCAAAGCAAGGCUUCAGGGCAUGGUCUCACAAUUUCUUGUAAAAACGGUGUAUGGGAGUAAGGUUCAGGAAGAUAUCUGGCAUACAGUUUCAAGACAUGCUCUUCUUUGAUGAUGAAUAUA